AUGGCAGAGGUUGCAGGAAAUAAUGUGUACAAGAUUUAAAGAGCAGUCAAAGCAUUAGUCAGAAAUCAUACUGUACUAGUUACUUCUGGAAUGGGCAUGACAGCUGAUUGUGAUCUCCCAUUUUUUAGAGGCACAUAUGGUCUCUGGUAACAUUAUCCUAUCUUGAACAAAAUGAGAAUUACCUAUGAUUAGUUGAUCACAAAGGAAUUUUUCGACGUGCAUCCAGAUAUUUUCUGGUAUUCCCGCUUAUAAACUGGCUUACAUCAAAGGUUAGCUGAACUAUUUGCAAUGCAAGCCUUGCAAUAUAUGAGCUUCUUAUUUGAUCAUAGAGUUGCUUAAGCAAGAGUAAUGCCCUAGUGCUAGGAAUGCAAUAAGAUUAUGAGGCCUAAUAUAAACAUGAAGCAUGACAUUGACUGGAUGGAGAAUUUCAAUUCAGAGAUGAAUAAGAAUUUUGUCUCCUGGCUUGAUAGGAAUGAGAAGAGGAGUAAAACUGUAAUCGAGAUUGGUGCUGGCCCCGCUAUCCCCUUAGUCAGAUCAAUAUCAGAUGCAUUUUUGAAUAAUGAUAAAUACAGAUGCACUCUGAUCAGAAUAAAUCCAAGAAGAGAGAGAAUUUCAGAAUAUAAAUGGGAGAAAGAACAGAUUGAAAAAUUGAUAAAUGAAGAUGAAGCAGAAAAAUUAAACAACUUUGGUGAAGUCUAAAUUAAUUUAAGUAAAGUUGAGGAGCUUAAGAUACCUGACUAUUCGUAGCAGGAUCUAAGUUAUUUGUCUAAAGAUGAGGAUAGAGAGUAUCAAGCUCUAAAAAAUGAGCUUAUAGAAAUAUAAAUGGGAGCAGAGGAAGCCCUUGGCCUUAUUAAAUAAGGAGUUUUAGAUGAGCUGAGAAGAUAAAACAAGAUUUAACUUUGA